AUGCCAUUCGUCAGGCUCGGUGGUUGCAGGGCUCUGUCUCUGGCGCAAUGCGGUCGUGUACAAAACAGCUUCUGUCCUAGCAGUGGCAAUCGCCUUCUCCAUGCGUUGCCGUCACCAGCACGGCAUCGGCCGACCUUAAAGCUCACUGCCAGUGCCAUUCUCAACCACCCGCCUCAGCGUCAAUCGCGGCCGCGGCUCGUCGCUCCCUACGUAUCGCAGAGCGAUGGUAAACCACCCAGCACGGCAAGCAAGAUCGUCGCGAAGCUGCCCACGUUACCACCGACCCUGCGCGAAGACAUCCGUACCCUCCCGAACCUGCUGACACUCUCGCGCCUCGUGGCCGCGCCGUUUGUGGGCUAUUUUAUCCUCCACGACCAACAUGCCUGGGCCUUGGGCUUGUUCGCGUACGCCGGUGUGACGGAUUUGCUGGACGGGUGGAUCGCGAGGCGGUGGAAGCAGCAGACUGUUGUCGGGACGGUGAUUGAUCCGAUGGCAGACAAGGCGUUGAUGACUAUCCUCACUGUGUGCCUCGCCGCUCAGGGGUCUCUUCCGGUGUGGCUCGCAACAAUCAUCCUAGGUCGCGACGUGGGCCUCGCCAUCUCCGCCAUCUACUACCGCUGGAUCUCCCUCCCGCCGCCAAAGACCUUUGCACGGUACUGGGACUUUUCCCUGCCCUCGGCCGAAGUACACCCCACGACCAUCAGCAAGUACAACACCUUCCUCCAGCUCGUUCUCAUCGGCCUCACGACGGCCGCGCCGGUGUUCAGCUAUGACCUGUCGACGCCUUUGACAGUCAUGCAAUAUGUUGUCGCCACCACCACGAUUUGGAGCGGCGCCAGCUACAUUUACACCAAGGAUGCGGUCAAGAUUCUUGCACCGCCGAAGACUCCGCCUCCGAAGGUAUAA